AGCAGGAACAAUAACCUGAGAGCAGAGCAGAGCAGCCACUGCAGUCCGUUCCUCUCCGGCGUCGUUUCCGAGCUCUGAGCAGAGAGGAGAGAGGGAGGGAGCCGGGCAGAGGGAAGACAUGUCUUCCCCCCAGCUCUCCUCGUCCCGCAGACAGUCAUGUUAUCUGUGCGACCUGCCCCGCAUGCCCUGGGCCAUGAUCUGGGACUUCACCGAGCCCGUGUGCCGCGGCUGCGUCAACUACGAGGGCGCGGACCGCAUCGAGUUUGUCAUCGAGACGACCCGCCACCUGAAGCGUGCUCACGGCUUCCAGGAGGCACGAUCGCCCACGGGAGCACCGGGGCAGCCGCAGCCCGGCGUGGCGAAGAGCCAGGCGCUGUUACUGAGCGGGAAAGAGCCGGUGGGGCAGCCUCAGCAGCCUGGCGUGGACCGGUACUCUCUCGGCGCCGAUAACCGGGCUCGGUUUGACUACAGCAGGCUGCCCAACGGACUCGGCGCGCCCAACGGUUUCAAAUCGAACGAAGGACCGCCCGAGUUGAACCGGCAGAGCCCGAACUCGAGCCGGCAGAGCCCGAACUCGAGGAGCAGGACCCACGGCGGGCUGGUGCCGGCCCCGGGACCGAUGAAUGUGCCGCCGAGCCUGCUUCCUCAGACCGCAUCGCACGGAAGAGCCGCGCCGCACAGCUCAGCGGUUGGCGAGCCCGGCACGAAGCGGGAAACUGAGCAGCAGGAGCGCGAGCUGAAGGAGAAGCAGCGCAACGUGGAGACUCUGGCCGAGCUGAGCGACAGCCUGCGGAACCGGCAGGACGAGUGGGCCGGCAAACCCAAGCCCGUGAGGGACACGCUGGUCGCUUUAUCCGGCUGUAUCCCGUUCGACGUGCGCUUCAAGAAGGACCACGCGCUGCUCGGGAGAGUCUUCGCCUUCGACGCCGUGUGCAAACCGGGCAUGGAGCACGAGCUGAAGAUCUUCGUGGAGUACCCCAGCGGCUCCGGGAACGUGUUCUCAAGCGCCUCGGGGGUGGCCAAGCAGAUGUACCAGGACUGCAUGAAGGACUUCGGGAGAGGGUUGUCCUCUGGGUUUAAAUACCUGGAGUACGAGAAGAAGCACGGCUCGGGGGACUGGCGCCUGCUGGGGGAUUUAUUACCGGAGUCCCUUCGCUUCUUUAAGGAGGGAGUAGGGGGAGACAUGCUGCCGCAGCCCUACGUCGACAGCAGCUUCCCGCUGCUGCCCACCUCCCUGGUGCUGCCCGGCCGAGCUCUGGCGUCAGGCAGCGGGAGCGGCGGCGGCGGCGGCGCCAGAGGUGGCGUGAGGAAGAGGAGAGCGUCCCCGGAGCCGGAGGAGGAACAGCAGAGACAGCAGUGGAUCAACAGCCAGACCGAAGCGCUCAAACUCUCCAUGGCGGCCGGUUCUUUCCCCUCCGGCCGCGCCACGCCCCCAGAUCCCUCCGCCGCCGCUGCCGCUCCUCCUCUUCCUCCUCUGCAGAACGGACAGUCCCCCAUGGCGGCGCUCAUGUCAGUCGCGGACACGCUCGUGAACGCGCAGCACUCCCCCAACAACAAGGACGGAGACUCUGUGCACUCCACCACCUCCUCCUCCAGACACAACAACGGCAGCAGCAGCAGUCCCGUCUCCUCGCCUGGCUCCUCCGUGUCCGGACAGAGGCGCCUCUCCUCGCGCAACGGAGACCUCGGGAUGACCGCCACGCCACAGCAGGACCAGCACGUGCCCGAUUCCCCCACCAUGGCGAACAGCGGGCCUCUGUGCUGCACCAUCUGCCACGAACGGUUAGAAGACACCCACUUCGUGCAGUGUCCCUCUGCGCCGAACCACAAGUUCUGCUUCCCGUGCUCCAGAGAGAGCAUCAAGGCCCAGGGAGCCUCUGGCGAGGUAUACUGCCCCAGCGGGGAGAAGUGCCCGCUGGUCGGCUCCAACGUGCCCUGGGCCUUCAUGCAGGGGGAGAUAGCAACCAUCCUGGCUGGAGAUGUGAAGGUAAAGAAGGAGAGAGACCCCUGAGAAGGAAGAAGAGGAAGGACUUUCUGUCUGCUUUCACUUCAGGAACACACUGAUGUGAAACAGUCUGCAGCUGAGCCUCAACACGUUCUGUCAGUGGAGAUAAUUCAUCUUAAAUGGUAACUUUAAGGUUUGUUUUUGUUUUUUUCAACCUGGACCCUAUAUUUCCAUGUUUUUGUGACUGACUGAUGGAAAUAAUCAUCUUUUGAAAUUCAUCCUGUAUUAAUCAAGAGAAGUAAGAAAGAGUAACUGUAAGAUCAUUUUUGUUUAACGUGAAACAGCCCUGAAAUCCCCCAUCACCAUCACCCACCAGACUCCAUGUAAAUAAUCAGGAC